AAGUGGAAACGCCCUGAAAGCCAUACACGACACAGAGUCGUACUGAUCAAAGCCAAUCCAUACCUACUCGGUAACGAACACAAACCCCUUACAUUACUUUGAUAGGGUAUUAUAAAGAGUGGUUACGUGUACGUAGCUUAGCUAUACAAUUUGCAACUACUUGAAGCCGCCGACCUUUUCACGUGUGCACACUCCGUGCUCAUGGAUGUUUUAGAAGACUACGUUUCUCCUCCAUCUCUCCCUAGGCCUCUUGACGGCAGCCCGGACGUUACGGCGGUGGCCCGCGCCAAUGGCAUCAGUGGUUUAGUCGCCCACAAACUUAGGAACUAUUUACGGCAGAAGGCUCUGAAGAUGGACGCGUUCAUUGCGGAAUUAGUGAAGGCGUCCGAGUACUUCGGCGCCAAGCACGUGCAAGAGGCGCUGAUGACCACGCUUGGCAUCGACGCCUUGGAGUCGAGCACACUCGUUCGUGUUCUUGUCCCCAAGGACAUCAACAAGCGCCGGAACAGUAACGCCUCAUCUGGAAGUGAGCCUUCCACAACCAGGCAAGCGCCCACGUCCUUGUCCUCCACCAUACCAUUGAAGUACCAGGUGGUCGUUAAGAAGGUUUCGAAGCCCGACGCCAUCAAGAUCAACAAGUGGUACACGUGCGGGUUCCUUAUCAUUGGGGUUAAAUGGGACACCCUGUCGUCCGCACUGGCGAAGAAGGACAAGGUUAAGGUGAAGGAGACAACCGACAUCGUUGACCUUCGGUACUUGGGGAAGCAGUGGAUGGCGGCGCUCUUCCGGUCACUGACUGGAGACAGCCUCUCGAAGGUUCAGCAGACAGACAAGGCUAUGUACGACGCUGUCUAUGACGCCUUGAAGGCGAAGCUGCAAAACGCGAUGGCAAACCACCAGUCAGAGAAGAAGAAGUCGGACUUCUUCAAGGCCAUCGGACUGAUGCCUGCAGACAAGGCUCAGCUCGAGAGCGUGACGACCUUGGACACCAUCCGUGCAACCUCCCUCUUCAAGAAGUGGGUGACUGACCAUGUCGAGGUCAGCACUCAGCCAGCAGGUCAGGAACGCAAGAAGAGCAACCUGACGGCUGCAACGGAGGGCCAGGCCGACAUGAUGGAGAUGCAGCAGGAGCCCCUCGGCCAGAAGAGCAGCCGCCAGGAUAGGGAUGAGGGAGAUGAUGGGGACUUGGGCGGGGAGGACGAGGGCGAGGGUGGGGAGGAUGAGGGUGGGGAGUACAGGGGCUGGCCAUACGAGGGCGGGGAUUACAUGGGUGGGGAGGAAGCGGACUGGGGGGACGAGGGAGGGGAGGACGAGGGAGGGGAGGAUGGCGAGGGGACGGGGGGCAAAGUCCUGCUCAAGGAGUACGGCAGAACCAAGAGCCAGAAGGAGAGCAAGUUCGUGCCUCAACCAACUGGACACCGCAAGGUCCCGGUGAACAGAGAGCAUGAGAAAGGGGCAUUGGAUGCCAGGGGGCGGUCCACGUGCAUGAGGCAACCUUCGGCUAAGGCUCGGGAGAGUCAAGAAGCUGUGGCCAUGGUGGCGCCUGCUCGCAUCAAGCGUCCACGCAAGGAAACCCCACCAGUGUUGCCGGAGGACCCCUCGGCUUUUGGGCCUGUAGCGGCCGCGCCGCGGCAGGCGGCACCCAGCAGCAGCCCAAGAAUUUUGCGUUUGGGGGAACCGCUGGAUGGACACACCGGGGCGCCCAGGAUCGUUUAG